AAAGAUGCUUUGUUAUGUAUUACAGAAUGGUUAUACAAGUGUUCAGUUCAGAAAUUGGUGGUAGUCAUCUCAAAUAUUGAAAGUGGGGAGGUCCUUGAAAGAUGGCAGUUUGAUAUUGAGUGUGACAAGACUGCAAAAGAUGACAGUGCACCCAGAGAAAAGUCUCAGAAAGCUAUCCAAGAUGAAAUCCGUUCAGUGAUCAGACAGAUCACAGCUACAGUGACAUUUCUGCCACUGUUGGAAGUUUCUUGUUCAUUUGAUCUCCUGAUUUAUACAGACAGAGAUUUGGUUGCACCUGAAAAAUGGGAAGAGUCGGGACCACAGUUCAUUACCAAUUCUGAGGAAGUUCGUCUUCGUUCAUUUACUACUAGAAUUCACAAAGUAAAUAGCAUGGUAGCCUACAAAAUUCCUGUCAACGACUGAGGAUGAGAUAAAGACAGUAUAAUGUACUUGUAUUCUCAAAUGUGGUUUUCCUGAAACCAAAUCAACUGUAGUUGAUAUGU